AUGAAUAUAUUCGGUUCAGUAGCCCAUUUCUUUACUCGAAUUCAACGAUUCAAAGCGUUUAGAAUGUUUCAAUUCCUUGGUGGAUUUGUCACACAUCGUUUGAUGGUCACUAUUCAAGAGAAUGCUGAAAUGCAAAACUUGUUGACAAGUGAUAAAUUAAUGUACGGUUGUUUGGAUACAUGGUUAAUACAUAAACUAACGAAAGGUGCUGUGCAUGUAACUGAACCAUCUAAUUCUUCUACAACUGGCCUUUAUGACCCAUACAUGAUGAAUUGGGGUCACAUGUUGCUGAGGAUAAUAUCCUUCCCGGUUUCACUACUCCCUAAAUUAACGUUUUCGGCUGGUGUUCCACUAGCCACAUGCCAUAAUGAAAUAUUCGGAUUUCCUCUGAAGAUUGGUUCAAUGGCUGGUGAUCAACAGGCUGCACUGUUUGGAAGUGGAGGUUGGCAUAAAGGUGAUGUUAAUAUUUGCAUCGGUACCGGAGCUUUUCUUGAUCUCAACACCGGGCAACAUCCUAUUGCUUCAUUGAACGGCUUGUAUCCUGUGUUGGCGUGGCGGUUUCCGCAUCACUACAAUUUUGCUGCUGAAGGUUCAUCGUUCGAAACUGGAUCGUUGGUGAAGUGGGCGCAGUCGAUUGGUCUUUUUGAUGACAUAGCGCAGUUACCAAAUAUCACCUCCAAAGUAUCUCGAACUGAUUUGUGUUUCGUGCCAGCAUUCAGCGGUCUACAAACACCAAUAAACGAUACGACUGCGUGUUGUGCAUUCUUGGGAUUGCGACCGAAUACAACCAAAGAGCAUAUGCUCAUUGCACUGUUGGAUUCGAUCGCAUUUCGAAUUUAUCAAAUAUGGAACACUUUGACUGAUGAGAUCGAUUUUGAAGUGAACAACGUUAUCAAGUGA